AUGAACACUCUGGCGAAAAGCGGUGUCGCGUGGCUGAUUUCGCCGUCGUUGGCUGCGGCGAUGAGGAGGAGAAUGAGAGUGGCUGGUUUCGCCACGUCAUCAUCUUCAUCUUCAAUUCCCAAUUGGGAAGGUGGAGUUUCCAUGGUUCAAGGAGCUUCUAGAGGCAUUGGCCUCGAGUUUGUGAGGCAAUUGCUGGAGAAGAAUGAGAAAGGUUAUGUUGUUGCUACUUGUAGGAAUCCGAAAGAAGCAAAGAGUUUGAUUGAUUUGAAGAACAGUUUCUCUGAGAGGCUUUUCAUCCACAAGCUUGAUGUUACUGAUGAAACUACCAUUGAGGAAUCAGCUGAAUCUGUAAGAGAAAGAUAUGGUUCUCUCAAUCUACUUAUAAACGCAGCUGGUAUACUUUCCAUUCCUGGUGUAUUGCAGCCAGAAACAACAUUGAGCAAGGUUGAAAAGUCAUCACUGAUGCUUGCAUACGAGGUUAACGCUGUUGGUCCAGUUUUAAUGAUGAAGCAUAUGUGGCCUCUCCUUAAGGCAGGAGGAGGUAGUGGAACCAAGAGGGAAGUUGCUGUUGUAGCCAAUAUAAGUGCCCGAGUUGGAUCCAUUGGAGAUAACCGACUUGGUGGUUGGCACUCUUACAGGGCUUCAAAAACCGCACUCAAUCAACUGACGAGAAAUGUAUCGGUUGAGCUUGGUAGGAGGAAGGAUCCUGUGGUAUGCAUUCUACUGCAUCCAGGAACAGUAGACACUGAUCUCUCUCGACCAUUCCAAAGGAAUGUACCUGAAGGAAAGCUUUUCACAAAAGAGUACUCUGUUCAGAAACUAUUGCACAUCAUCAACAACGCAAAGCGACAAGACAACGGCAAGUUCUUCGCUUGGGAUGGCCAGGAGAUACCUUGGUGA